CCAUCAAGUCAUUGGGAGCUGCUCCGUCAUUUUGUCAACAAGGCAGCAUGGUGAUCAUUCAGAAACAUACAUCUAUUUUCCAUAAAAUACAUUUUUGCAUUUUCAAACUUGUUUUCAUUGGGAAGGCAGAUACAGCGUUUAUCAAAAGCAAUCACCUUUGCAAGAAAAACACAUAAUCCUACUCAUUAAUACACGUGCGUAAAUUAGGCUACAUCACUUUUGUUUUGAGUCGAUAUAGCCUUUGAAUAAUAGGCUCACGUCUGGGAGGCGGUGCGGUUCCAAAUUUUAUGCAGUCAACUUUCGUCUACACGGGCGCCGUUCCUCUUGGAAUGUGCUGGUUCUGAGACAGAGGCGGAGUUGAGGACAAAGGUUUUAUGGGAAAAACGGAGGACAUCAACAACUUUUCAACGGGACUAUAAACUAUUAAAGCACUAGGUCUACAUUAAGGAAAACCACAGUCUAUUUGUGGUGGGCCACCCCACCCCCCUGCAGCACCAUGUCCAAGUACCUGAGGCAUUUCACCACGGUGGGUGAUGACCACACAGCCCAUUGGCACAACGAGGGGCUGCAUGAGGCUAGAGAGGAGACAGGACCAGCCACAGGACAGCUGCCCCACUUACAAGUCACCUUCAGAGACUCCCUGAAGAGACUCUACAGCUCAGACAGAUUCCAGAUAGCUGUGGUAUGCCUGGUCAUCCUGGAUGCAUUCUUUGUGCUGGGCGAGCUACUGAUCGACCUGUCAAUCAUCAAGUUGGAGCAUGGGCACGUUGCCCCUCAGGUCUUCCACUACCUGAGUCUGGCUCUUCUCACCUUCUUCAUGGUGGAGCUGGCUGGAAAGCUCUUUGCCUACAGGCUGGAGUUUUUCCAUCACAAGUUUGAGAUGUUUGAUGGGCUGGUGGUGAUUGUGUCCUUCAUCCUGGACAUUGUGUAUAUCGCCAGUGAAGAUGCCUUUGACGGCAUGGGCCUCCUGAUCCUCCUCAGGCUCUGGAGGGUGGCCAGGAUCGUCAACGGAAUCCUGAUGUCUGUGAAGUCACGGGCCGAUCGCGAAGUUCAAAAGCUGAAGGAGAGCAACGAUCACCUGGUCCAGCAAGUUAACGACCUACAAGAGCACAAUGGCAAGAUGGAAAAAGAGAACAGUAAACUACGAGCUAUCCUCCGACAGCAUAAAAUUGAGUUCUGAUGCAGGAAGAGGAACAUGAUGCCAUUUUUCAUUAUCCACUUAUAGUGUCAUUGGAAUUGUUCAAUAAACAAGGCUAUAUUCUAAAUAGUGUUCACCAUCCAUACAACAUUUCAGUAAGUAAUUCCACAAUGACAGGAGCUUACACUGAGUUACUAGCCUGGUCCUAGAGCCGUUUGUACUCUUGCCAACUCAAUUGUUGUCAUUGUCAAGCCAAACCUUUGGCAUGACAAUGAGUGAAAAUAAGUUGGUAUGAUAACACACUGGCACUCAGGCUAGAUACAAUUGAGGUCGAAAGUUUACAUACACCUUAGCCAAAUACAUUUAAACUCAGUUUUUCACAAUUCCUGACAUUUCAUCCAAGUAAAAAUUCACUGUCUUAGGUUAGU